AUGUCAUCCGACCUUCCUAAGCCCUCUUUUGCAAAGGUCGCUGCAUCAGCAUCAAAAGAUAACCUACCUGUCUCUACCGUACGACGAGUAACCGCGCCAGCUCAAGACCGCCCAGACCAAGCUUCGUCCUCCAACGCUGCCUCUGUCCCUACACACCUCGCUACAAACGAAGCCGACAGCCACAAAUCUUUGAUCAUGAACUCCACGAAACCCGUACCGGCUGCCGCCAAGCGCGAGCCCGCCCUGCCCAAGAAGGCCAACGCGAUCGACCAUGUUGUGGAUGGACUGAAAGACCUGAGCAUUGGACAACGAACACCAAGCCUUGUCGUGAACGGAACGGGAUCCUCCUUCACUGAGCGAUCAAAGUCUUUGAACAAGGACGGUUCAGACGAUUCCCAGAGAGCCGACUCAAGCUCCGAGCUCGGCACCAAGCCCCCCAGCCUAGACGGGAAGAGCAUUACUUCCGGAACAACUUUCGCGUUGGAUGAGAAAGAGUCACUGCGUCCGGAUGACAGCGCUAGCGUGAAAGCCGCGGCUGCUGAAGAUGACGAUUCGUUUUCCUUCCGAGGUCCGAACCUACCCAACUCUAGGAUGGGCUCCGAUAUAGCCGCGCGUGCGAGGGGUAUCAUCCAGCUUGGCGACAUGCCAGAUCGCCGCCUCAUCCAGCCCAUCUCUGGAUCUCUGAGCCAGGGCAUGAUCACACCUCAGAGCGCUUCUUCGGACCAGCCGCCAAUGCCCUCUACUAAUGCUUUAUCGACCACUCUCCCCGACUCGGCCAAUCUCUUGAACACCAUCUACGGACAGGCGCCAGACGAGAAGUUAUUGGAGGCCAUGGCUUCCCCGAAGGACCGGUUAUUCCUGUUGCGACUGGAGGCCGAGUUGAUUAAGUUUGUUCAGAAUUCCAAGGAACCUUACAUGGAUUUCCCCCCAUCCAACUCCUUCUGUAGGAUGCUCACCCACAAGCUGGCCGAUUACUACAGGAUGACACAUCAGUAUGAAGCUCGUGUUGGAUCUGUGCGAAUAUUCCGAACCCCUUACGCAAGGGUACCCGAAUCGCUGGCUAGUAUCGCUGCUCCGGAGACCAAUGCCGAGACACCACCUCCACCUGCGGUGCUCCCACGAAAGAUCAUGCGUCGGGGUGAGGAGGGAGAGUUUGGCCCCAACAGUGCUUCUCCAUCCAAGCCUACUUCCGAGACCGGCAGUGACUCCAAGGACAAGUCUGGCUCUGCCAAUCAGAAACUAUCGAGGGAACAACGUGAAGAGGCGUACAAGCAGGCCCGUGAAAGGAUAUUCGGCAGUUCCGAGAAAACUGGAGAAUCAACGCCCGACAACGACGGUGAAAAUGGCAUUUCACGCGCCAGCUCAGUCUCUGCCAGAGAGAAGUCACAGUCUGGCAAACGGGGUAAAACGAGCAAGCAGAGACGAGAUGAUUCUGAGAGCUUCGACUCGAGACACAACUACACUCCAUACUGGGGCCCGCAACAGCAGACGUGGAUACCGCAACCCCAAUACGUCCCUGUGUCCAACCAGUACGGUGCACCAGUACAGCAGCAGCCGUACCCGAACCAGAUCCAAGCCCCUUACAACACGACGCCCACCCAAACCUUUGCGCCUAUGAUGCCUAAUACGGGUUACAAUGCGGCGUACCCGAACAUGCCACCGUACCCGCCGCAGGCGAGCCAAGCUCAGUUCCAGCCGUCUACGGGCGCCAGGAACUAUGGAGGAUCUGGACCCGGGCCUGCUCCCCCGCCACAGCAAGGUUGGCAGCAAGGAUUUGGACCGGCGCCGGUUCCGAUGACCCCCCCUUCCACAGCCAGUGCCACGGUCUACACGCCGCGAGGUAUGUCUGCGCCGCCUGGGCAAAGCACGGUUCCGUACAUGUACGGACAGCUACCGGCCCAUAUCAACCCAAACGACCCCAAGAGUCAGCAUCCCAUUCCCGGUAGUUACAACAGGCAUGCGUUCAACCCCAAGACGCAGUCUUUCGUUCCUGGCGGUGGUAUGGGCCCAAUGCAGCCGCCUCAGCCACCAUUCAGUGCCCCUGGCUCCCACCAUGGUAGCCCCCAGAUUGGUUCGCCUCACUUGGCAUAUGCCGGCUACCAGCAGCCAGGACCGCCGGCACCAUACGGUUACGGCAUGGCCCGGCAGGGAUCAAACAACUCGAUUCCCUCGUACCAUCCCCCUCCGCCUCAUCACCUAAACCCUCUUCCCCCAGCACCGGGUUCUCACAUCCCUCAGCACCCACCGCAACACCUUCCGCAAAACCCCUCUCCCCACAUUCCUAACAAGCCCGCUAUCCCCCAAGGUCCGGCCGGACAGACGUUCAGCCACCUUCCUCACUACGGCAAUCCUGCCACCUUGCCGCAGAAGCCAAACAUGGGUGUUUAG